UUUUCUGAGGUCUAAAAGACUAGUCAUGUCUGGACGAGGGAAAGGAGGUAAAGGUCUUGGAAAGGGUGGUGCCAAGCGGCACAGAAAGGUGCUUCGGGACAACAUCCAGGGCAUCACCAAGCCUGCCAUCCGCCGCCUGGCUCGCCGUGGCGGCGUCAAGCGUAUCUCGGGGCUCAUCUACGAGGAGACUCGCGGCGUGCUGAAGGUGUUCCUGGAGAACGUGAUCCGGGACGCCGUCACCUACACCGAGCACGCCAAGAGGAAGACCGUCACCGCCAUGGACGUGGUCUACGCUCUCAAGCGCCAGGGCCGGACCCUCUACGGCUUCGGCGGCUAGGUCAACUAGCUGCAAUUUGCCA